AUGGACGACCCGUUGAUCGAAGAGGCGCAAGAGCCUCCAGGCGCUCAUCCGCCCUUCUACCAGGCCAACCGAGGAAACAUCAGCGAUUAUAGCCUCGACAGUGAAGCGCUCCUGGACCACCGCGAUCAACCUACGUUACGUCCUCGGCGGGACAGCCGCUUGACUCCCCUUUUCGCUACAUCAUAUCGGAGCUCAGUUAUGCCCAAAAUCGACACGAGUUCCCAAAAGAGACAGAGGACUCAACCCGAUGCCUCGAGUUCAAAUGGGUCAGAUAAUGAGGACGUCGACGACCGUACACCCUUGGUUUCUGGUGGGGCAAAGCCCAAGACUCCCGUCGAGGCUGGCUAUGGACUUUUUAGGGUCAAGUCUCAUACAUCUACACUAUCGUCGUCUUCGAAGCAGCCGCAAAGGAAGAAGACCCUCGGAACUCCUGGACACUCAUUCCCGAAGUCUGAUCCAGGCUACGAUGUCAACAAUCCGCCGUCUGUCCCACCCAGUCCUACCCUUGAACCUCACUAUGGGGAUGUGAUGGUCGACGACGGCAAUUUCCUCACACGUUCCCCAGAUAGUCGAAGGAAUCUCAAUGCUGCCAACAAAGAUGCGUUGAUCAUGAUCGACGAUGAUGGAGACAAUGAUCCGAAUUCCGCACCACCGAGCCCCAGGCUUCGACCUGGUGGAGUUCAACGACAUCGAUCCUUGACCAUGCCAGCUGAGGUAGACGUGUGCUUUCCCGCGGAUGAGGUAUCAGAGGCGGGUGAUGAGUACUAUAAUAGGGUGCAGCCACCGGAACACUAUAUCAGUGGCCAGCGGCGAAAACGCCGCGAACGAGAGUGGCCAAAUCUGUGGGUUCUGGAUGAGUGGAGUCGAGUAGAGAAAGAGGCCAGGGAGGCAGGAGAGCGGCGGGCAAAGAAGGUCAGUGAGCCUGUGUUCGUCGAAGGCAGACUCCGGCCUCAGAAGAAUGCCUGGCACCACGUCGAAGAAGACAAGCAAUACCGAUACACUUAUUUCAACGAAGAAUUUGAAAGUACGAUCCACGCCGAGACGAUCUCGGAGUUGGUACAACCUGGUGGGACUUUUCGCGAGUUGUUCAUCCCAGAUCCGCCCGAAUUGAUCGAAUCAAGUUCUGAGGACGAAGAGGAGUUGCUUGGGAUCAGUCAGGUCACAGAAACACCCAGUGCAAUGCAAAGCCCCAAAAGCACAACAGUCGUGGAGACACAAUCCGGAAUGCCUAGCCUCGCAGAAACGAACCUCCAGUUGAAACCUGUGACCAGUGGAAAGAGUUCGGACAAGAGCAAGAACUCGGGCACAGCAACACCGCAGAAGAAACCUGCUUCGACUCGACCUUCCAAGCCCAAGAAGUAUGGACCGCGGCCGACUUUCUGGCUCGACGUCUUGUGCCCAACAGAUCAGGAAAUGCGUGUUCUGGCGAAAACGUUUGGAAUUCAUGCUCUUACGUCCGAGGACAUCAUGAUGCAAGAAGCUCGGGAGAAGGUGGAGCUGUUUCGCAAUUACUAUUUUAUCAACUAUCGAACCUUUGAGCAGGAUACCAACAGUGAGGACUACUUAGAACCUAUCAACAUGUUUGUCUGCGUUUUUCGAUAUGGGAUCGUCACUUUCCACUUCUCCCAGAUCCCACACCCGGCAAAUGUGCGAAGACGCAUUCGCCAACUUUCAGAUUAUCUUAUCCUCAGCGCAGAUUGGAUCUCGUACGCCAUAAUUGACGACAUCACCGAUGUCUUUGGACCGCUCAUCACUCACAUCGAAGAAGAAGUUGACACUAUUGACGACUUGAUUCUCCGAGCAUUCCAGAAUACCGAUCUCCUUGCUGGUGAGCACGGUGCGAAGAAGCUGGACGAAAAGAAGUCAGAAACUGGUGAGGCAGAAAUCAGUGGGAUCGACAUGCUCCUGCGUAUAGGCGAGUGCCGCAAAAAGGUUAUGUCCUUGUACCGACUGCUGGGUAACAAGGCGGAUGUUAUCAAAGGUUUCGCAAAGCGGUGUAACGAGCAGUGGGAAGUCGCGCCUAAAUCGGAAAUCGGAUUGUAUCUGGGCGAUAUUCAAGACCACAUCUUGACCAUGACUGGAAACCUGUCGCACUACGAGAUGGUGCUGUCCAGGGCACACGGAAAUUACCUGGCCCAGGUCAGCAUUCACAUGAACGAGAGACAAGAGAGGACUGCCGACGUAUUGGGCAAGCUGACUGUGCUCGGAACCAUUGUCCUCCCGAUGAACAUCGUCACGGGCAUGUUUGGUGGCAAUUUCAAAGUCCCUGGUCAAGAUGUGGAUAACCUGAAUUGGUUUUGGGGCACCACGGCCGGCCUGGUCAUAUUUGGGAUGAUAUGCUUUUGGUGGUGCAAGAAGGUGUACAAGGUUGUGUGA